CGACAACGUGAGAAUUGGAUUUACGCAAUUUUUUUUAACAUUUAGUCUUUUUUUGUUUCUAAAAAUAGAUACACUUUUUGAAAAGUGAUUACAUUUGAAUAUGAAUAAGUUUGGUUUACAUGAAAUUGAAUAUAGUAACGAGACUGCAGUUUCUUCACCAAGAUGGGUAGAAAUUUUAUCAGCCAGUUGGCUUUGCAUAAUUCUUGUUACGGGGACACUGCUCAAUGGUUUGGUAGUUUUUGUAUUUGCCAAGAACAAACACCUUCUAACUGUUAAUAAUAUAUAUGUUCUUGAUAUGGCUAUCCAUAAUUUAGGCUUAAGUUGCUUAGCAACGGAACUGCCUCUCACGGCUGAGAUUUGCGGACACUGGUUUUAUCUACUGACAAAGGACGCGUGUGUAUUUGAAGCGUUUCUAGUGUAUUUUGUUGGUCUUGCAUCGAUGUUCGUCCUGGUUGCUAUGGCGCUCUCGCGGUAUGUAGCCAUUACAAGACCAUUCCUGGCUGCAAAAAUGUCCGCACGUCACUCGGUUUUCGUGGUCGUACUGUGUGAUGUGCUAGCACUCUGUUUUGCUGUACCACCACUUUUCGGAUGGGGCUCAUACGGACUGGAAGCGCAUGGGACAUCGUGUGGAUUAGAGUGGAGGGACACAACCGUUUCUUUCUUAUCUUAUUUGAUCACGAUCACAGUGGUGUGCUUAGCGUUUCCCCUUGUAGCAAUGAUAUAUUGUUACACCAUGAUAUAUCUGUCGGUAAAGCAAGCAGGCGCUAACUGUACAUCCGGUACAGUACAUACACACACGGCACGGGCACGUAAAGAGGGGCUUCUUCUUAAACUCAGCAUUUCAUUUGUUUUAUCUUUUCUUAUUUCUUGGACACCCUAUACGAUUGUUUCUUUCUAUGUGGCGUACGGGAAACCAGAUACUAUUGACCCUUUGCUGUCAAGAAGUGCUGCCCUCGUUGCGAAAUCCCAGGUUUUGUGGAACCCGAUUCUGUAUCUUGGUAUUACAGACAAAUUUAGAAAAAGUGCGUUUGAACUGUUAAAGUGCAGGAAAAGGAAUACUACAGUCACCGAAUUAGUAACUGUGCCCUCCAAUUUUACUAACGACAGAACGGGAAUACAACCAACGAUCACCAUACGAAGGACAAUUCAAAGGAUAUUUACAAUUUCAAGAGCGUCGGGUGUUUCAACAUACCAGAAUGGACGUACACCUACGCAUGGACCAUCGAACCUUUCACAGAAAAAUAAGAUCUUUCAGAAAAGAAGUGAAAUCCAUACAACGACAAGUGGCAUUCAACAAAUAUCAGAUAUUUGUGGCAUGGACAAAGACGAAAUUAAUACAGUUGAGCGUAACGCAGACGCAGCAUGUUCCUCUAAAAGCACUGAAGUGACAGAAUCACUAAAUAGAUUAUCAUCAAGUGUGAUUGAAAGUUCUAAAGAAGCAAUGGAAGCCUCGUCUGAAGAAGAUGUAGAUAUAGUUGAAUGUUUAGCUACUAAGCAAAACGUUAAACGCUCAGUGUUUAAUAAGUCAUUGGAAAACAGAACUUCCACUGAAACACUUCAAGCUACAGUAAAGAGAAAGGCCCCAAGAAUGUUAAGAAUAGAGAAAAACAAUUCUUGUGGCGAUGUUGAAUUACAUAUUUACAAUGAACCAGAAAAAAGUGAAAACGCGGGCAUAGAGUCAUCAGUAAUGUCGAAAAACUACGAGGUAGUCAUAAAUGUUAUAAAUGACAACAACGAGCUUAUCCCUAUUGACUAACCUAAGAAGGAAGGCCAAGGUCACUUAAGAAACUAGAAGCAAAAUUUGAAACAGAUUAUAUAAUAUUCAGUUCUGUUGUGGGUGGCUACGUUUCAUGUCCCUCACCGUUA